AUCCAAUCCCCUCAAAUUCGAAUUGCAGCCGGUGCGACACCCACACCCACCUCACAUGGCGGCGGCGGCGGCGGCGGCGACUGCGAAGGCGGCGGAAGAGAUGGUGGAGGUGCUCGACGAGGAGACGCUGGCGCUGAUGGGGGUCAGCAGCGCCGCCACCGCGGCGCCGGUGGCGGUGGGCGCCGAGUGGGAGACGUUCAAGGAGAACGUGCGGCCGCUCAAGCGCGGGCGCGACGUGUCCAAACUCAACCACGCGCUCAAGGCACACGCCGAUCCCGCGCAGCGCGCCGCUCUCCUCGAGACCCGCAAGAAGAUGAUUGAGGCAAUCGACCAGUACCAAGGCGAGGAUCCGCUCCAACCGUGGCUGGACUGCAUCAAAUGGGUCCAGGAGUCAUUCCCGACUGGCGGCGAGUGCUCGGGGUUGGUGGUGUUGUACGAGCAGUGCGUGCGGACCUUUUGGCACGACGGGCGCUACAAGGACGACCUCCGCUUCCUCAAAGUGUGGCUGGAAUACGCUGGGAAUUGUGCAGAUGCUGAGGUGAUUUACAGGUUCCUGGAGGCCAACCAGAUUGGGCAGGGCCAUGCCAUCUACUACAUGGCUUACGCAUCGUUGAUGGAGUCAAAGAACAAGUUGAGGAAAGCUAAGGAGAUCUUUGACCUUGGUAUAGCUAGAAAAGCGAAGCCUCUGGAGAAGUUGGAAGCUGUAUACAGGACAUUUCUUCGAAGAUCAACCAAAAGAAGGGAACAGGAGCCGGAUAAUACAGCAGAUGAUGAUCUGCCAAAUCGCAGUUUCGGGACUAACUUGAAACGAGAUGAAAACAGAAAUCACCAAGCAGGGAACUCCGGCCUGGGGAGACCAAGGGCACUGCAGAGAAUCGAUCCCAACAGGCCACUUUCAAUUUACAAAGAUGAGAGGCCAUUACUAAAUCAGGGCCUUGACGGAGUGAGGAACAGAGAAAAUAACACAAGCUGGCGCACCCUCCCAACACAAGCAGAUCGAAACAAGGAGAAUAGCAUGAUGCCUGCUAAAUGGACAUCUCACAAGAUUCCACAAAAGUUAGGAGCAAGAGGAGCAGUUCAGUCCACCCGAACCAGUUCCAUUGAGGUCUUCGUGGAGGAAGACACUGCACAGGAACCUGCUCAGCCGGUGCCGAAGACCCCAAAUCCUUCUGUUCUGAAGCUUAGACAAGCAACAAGCAAAAGCCUUAAGAAGGAAACUGAAUUGCUUAAGGAGAACCCCUUGCGCAACUUCCCCCUGAGCAGCCUUAGAUAGUCAGCAUUUUGCUGGUUCUGAGAAGCAUUCUCGUUACUGAUUUGGUUGUAUGAUUGUUGUGAGGUUGUGCCUUUAUGCCCAAUAAGCUUUAGCCUCUAAAGCUUUGACAAGCAACAUGUGCGCGCCCACGGGCUUUAUGCAAGUGUUGUAAUCUUAUUAUUGAUAGACCUGCAGAUCUCGCAGGCUUAUGUGAAUCUAAUAGCUACACAAAAUAAUCUGCUUCUACAAAUUCCGGUUGGUCCUUUCUGCUUGUUUUUAAUGAAUACCUCUGGACUAA